GACAGACUUGCAGACAUUUGUGCAUCGACAUCGACAUCGACGCGGAAGCGGAAGCUGAGAAGAAGUGAAUUGCUCGAAGUGCGUCGUGCGGGUGCAUUUUAUAUCACACGAGAGCACAGGGCUCGAGCAUGUGGAACAUAAAGUUUUUAUGGACUCGUGGCGAUGGCGGCUGUGCACAGAAACGAACAGACAGACUGAAUGACGGAUUGAUGGGCUGACAGACUGACUAUACAAGAGAGAAACGCCGAGCACAAGAGCUCCACCGAUCUUCGAAUAGAAAUCGAGAGACACGGGGGAUCUGAAACUGUAUAAUGGGCGGAACCUAUGACCAGGACUUGCACUGUGGGCUUACUACAAAAGCUGCGCGACGAUUUACAAGAUGACGACGAGGGGGGCCUGGACGCUCAAUCUCAAGAUGCAGGAGCUGUGCAAAGGUCGGGGGUCGGUCGAUGGGAGCUCAUAAUGCUCGGCACUUGGGAGAGAUUUUCAGCAGCUUGCUCGUCUCGGCCUCGCUCGGCAGAGGUCGAAGAUGGGCUCGGGAUCGGCUGUCGAUCGGCUGCGAAGGUGCUCGAGGCGCGAGGACGAUUUUGUCGGAGACGGGUUUCGGGCGAGGGAUGAAUGUGAAGCGGUCGUCGUCGGGGAGGAGGGUCGGAAGGCGGAGCAGCAGAUCGCAGAGCUCGGGCAUGCGCUCGAAGGCGCGGCCCCGCCAUUUGACGGCGUAGACGUAGAAGGUGGCGUGGCGCUGGGCGACCUUGAGGCGCGCCACCUCGCAGUCCGUCAGCGGGCGCAGCAUGUCGUCCUCGAUGUUCUUGAGCGCCACCGAGGGCGGGAAAUGGCGCUCGGCCAGCCGCUCGACCUCGUCCGAGUCGAAGAAGAAGAUCACGUGCUUCCUCCUCCUCCUGCUCCUCCUCGUGCCCACCUGCGGCAUCGUGCACAUGAACCUCAAUCGCUGCUGCUUCUGCUUCUGCUGCGAGCUUCUGUGCCUCGUGCUCGCCGGAGCGAAGUGCAGCGUCUGCGCUCCGAAUGGCGACGGCACCCUGUUGAUCGUGCACCAUCUCUCGACCAUCUGGUACCCGAAAUCCACUCCGCUCACCUCCUGAUUGCUCUUGAACUCCAGCUCCCCCAUCUCCCCCAUCUCCCCCAUCCCUCCCUGCUUCAAUUCCACGCCCGCCAUCUUUGCCUGCUCCCUCGCUCGCUCGCUCCUCAAUCGUCAGCCAGAGCCACACUGAUUACAGAAUGUUGCCCUUGCCCUCUCUCCUCUCUUCUCCUUCAAUCGAAUCGAAGCUUCUGCUGGCGAUGUGGGGUUUUAGGUCAGUGUCACAGGUCACAUGGCCACUGGAAAUUCGAGGACCGAAGCUACGAGAACUAACGAAGAGAAAGAGGGCCAGGGAGAUGGAGAAGUGUCGAGGAUCGAAAGAGUGUGACGGAAGGGAGAGAGGAGGAGAGGAGAGGGAGAGAGGUCCAUGGGCAUGGAGAUGGAGCACGACGGAGCUGAGCUUAUAUAGGGGGUUGCCAGGCAGGGGCCAUGGAGCAGUCGGUGCCACAAGAGAGAGAGAGAGAGAGAGAGCUGAGAAAACGACAAACGAUCGAGCGGCAUCUGCCAUGGUCGCGCCCACUGUGAGAUUUUGUUCUGUCUCGAGCUGCAGGUUGAAUCUGCGAGCAGGCUGGUCCAUAAUACAUGCGAGCGCUCGGAAUGGCGAUGAGGUCCGGUGUAUGGCCGUGGGGAGGACCUCCCCUGAGAGGUGCCGUUUCCCCCGUCGUUGCAGCAGUCGUCGUGAAUCUAUAUCCUCAGCCCGAUGCGCUCUGAUUCUCGCACGCUCGCUCGCUUCCGUCGACGGGUCUACGCAUGCACUCAGGACCAGAUCUGUCUGGUCGACCUCUCAUCACUAGAUUGUCUCCCGUGCCAGCCUGCCUGCCUCCCUGCGAUCCGAGCCUUCAGUCGAAGGAAUUGCUCAUCUCACAUAUUUGUCGGGCAUGUGUGUCGGCAGGCACAUCACACAAGGCAUGAUCGACGAGGCCCAAGGUUCUUACUGACUGACUUACUGCAGGCAGGGCCACACGUCACACUCAAUUUUCCCAGCGUGCGGUCGGUUGCAAGCUUCGGAUCAGUGCUGGAUCUGGGAGCUUGGAGCUCGGAGCACGAGGCUAUCCAUUUUUCAUCCACGCGACCGACGAUUCCUAUUCGUGGCUUUGGAACCAGACCUAGAGUUACGUGAGCCAGGCCAGGGGCCGGGCGCUCUGCUUGCUUGCCCCCAGGCUGAAGCUUAUCUCCGACAAGCUCCAUAGCACAAGCAGCAGCAGGAACGUUUCGUCUUAUCAUAUCUGAGACAGGCAGCUGCCUUCUUGUGUCCAGUUUUGCGAUUUCGAGAUUUCGAGAUUUCAUAUUUCAUGGCCGCCGUGCUGUUGGAAUUUCGAUUACGAUUGUCGCUGCAGAGGUGUAUAAAUAUAUGUCCAAAGCGUUAAAGCAAUUUAUUCGCUGCUGUCGAUGCUCAAGACACUUACUUGAUAGUCCUCGGGUCUGAGACUCGCGUCUGAUUGUGUGCAAUUUCUCAGGAAGUAAAAUAUACUUCUUAUAGUGGCCUGCAACCCUUGGAACGAUUGAUGAGUAGUAUUGAGUAAGUCACAUCGAUCGACCCGAUACGUGUAUCUGUAUACUUCAAAGAUUAUUGAUGAUAUCAAUAUUACUGUACAUGAAUAAAUUACACUUUUAAACUU